AAAAUUUCUAUCAUCUAUAAGGUACAAAAGGGUUUCAAAAAACCCACUUACUAUCACCACGAAAUAAAAUAUGAAAGCCGGGAACCAAAAUAGUGAAAGGUUAGAGAGCCACCGAUGUUUCGUAAGUGACUCUGUGGUGGGGUUGUAGUUAGAUUCGAGGUUGGAUCGUCUCAGUAAGAGUUGUCGAAGCUGGUGUCGAAAAAAUUGGUAAUCGUGUUUGAUAUUUGUCACGUGGUUGCCUUUCCAGUAAUUUUGGAAGGUUCUUUUCGUUGUAUAAAUGGGAUACGGUGAUUAUGGUAGCGUGUGCAGUGUCGAUCCACGAUAGGUCAAGAUGACCAUGAUAUGUUUCCAUUAACGACAGUGUUCGUGGUAUGUGCAUAUGUCCUCUUUCGUUUCGUCGAAGCACCUGAGGAAGGGUAUAAAAUGUGGCGUACUCUGUGGGCCUCCGUCUGGAGAAGUAUAUUUUUCAAAAAUCAUCUCAAAAAGGGCGUGAAACGUAAAUCUUGUGACAAGAAAGUGAUCGACAUUUUAUUUGAAUCUAAUUCAGUAAGUGCAGAGAUUGUGUUAAAAGAAAAAUAUAAAGAGAAGUUUGAACGAGGAGGUUUUGGCAUUAGAUUAGCAGGAGUAAAUAGAGAGGUUAGGAAGAAAGUAGCGAAUAAAAGAAAGAUAGGAAGAGAAUAUGAAUCAGAAAUUACCAGAGAAGACGUUGAAUUAAAUAUAGAAAUAGACGAAGAAUUUAGAAAUGAAGAAAGAGAUAAUGAAAGUUGGGUCAACAACUAUUCUAAGUUAGGUGAUUUUGGAAGGAAAAUCACAUAA